AUGACACUAAGCCGCGGGAACAGCGAGGUCCGCGACCACGCCGCCCCGCUUUCCCGCACCAGCGUGCAGCACGACUUGACCGCCGCUUCGCGGAUCGUCGAUACGCGGUCAACCAGGUGCUGCACGCACAGUUCCACCACCUCGUCCGCGUUCUUGCCCAGCGAGGUGAUGAGGAAGGGAAUCUGUGAUAUCACCACUUCGCGAAUACGCCACUUGGGAUCCNCCACCUCGUCCGCGUUCUUGCCCAGCGAGGUGAUGAGGAAGGGAAUCUGUGAUAUCACCACUUCGCGAAUACGCCACUUGGGAUCCUCCGCGAGCGCCACGACAACCGGCACGAGUUUCGGCGCCAUCUCACACGCCUCUGGCGUGUUGCCCAUGGAACUAAACCCAGAGACAAGCGCCAGGCGCACGUCUGCCUCCGUGUCAUUCAGGAGCUGUGUGCAUGUCGGCACAAUCGUGCUGCCCCACAUCUCGCGCGGGACGUGUGCCACUGACUGCAGCACAGCGCUCGCCAGGCACAUGCGCACAUGGCUGCUUUCAUCGUUCACAAGCCGGCAUCCGGUGGCGAGAAGCUCCUUCUUCGUCGCCACGUCGCGACAGACUGUGAUGACGCUCGCCAUGCUAAACACCGCCGAGGCACGAAUCUCCGCCUCGGCGUCCUGCGUCAGGGAGCGGAAGAAGGGCAGAAUCUGCUUCACGUCCGUCGGCGCCAUCACGCUGGCGAGUUUGCCUAGCCUGUCCGCCGCCAUAUAG